AAGCGUCCAUCUUUGCCUCGAUAUCGCGUGCGUACACGCCCAAACAAUUUGCAUGAGCUGCAGUCGUCUAUCGGCACGACGGAAAUUCAGAUCGAAAUAACUAACCCACAGAAAGGAGAAAAGCGGCAAAAAGGGCGUUACUCUGAGUAAAAUCCAGCUAUAUUUUUGACCACCGACAAGCACACCAUCAACAAGCCAAUAUGGGCGACUGGCAGCAAGGCCUGUUCGGCUGUUUCGGCAACAUCGGCAUGUGCCUCAUGUCCUGGUUUGUGCCCUGCUACAUCCACGGCAAGAACGCCGAGGCCGUCGGGGAAGACUGCCUCCUCUGCGGCUUGUCCAUUUUCGUUCCGUUUCUCAACUGGUACACGCUUUUCGUGGUCCGGGGCAAGAUCCGAGAGCAGCGGGGGAUCGCCGGGGAACCCGUCAACGACAUCCUGGUCACCCUCUGCUGUACUCCAUGCGCUCUGUCACAGGAGAGCGUGGAGAUGCGCAACUCCACGGGUCUGGGUAUGGGCCAGUCCAUGGCUCGCGUGUAACACCGUGCUCAGUAAUGCUACCCCCCUCACUCACGGCUCCGUUAAUGACAACUGAUCAGCAUCCACGAAACAACUACGCCAUUUUCGCAACUUUAUUCCCUUAGUUUACUCAAGUCGAGGGAGAUACUUGCUCACACUGCCACAGGGAUGAACACCCAAGCAUUGCAACAGAUCCCCACCCAAACAACGUGCUCAAGACGUGCUUCCUGCUCCCAACCACAUAAGAACACGCCACUAGUUCUUUCAUCCAGUGAUGGUCAACAAUCGGCUCAGAUUCGCCGCGUUAGCAAGUCUUCAGUUCCAAUGUUGAAAACUAUAACAAUUCCUCAGGCUUCGACAUACCAACUUCUUAGUUCUGCUUGUAGGCUCUGUUUGCACUAACUUUACUCUUCAUUCUCGCUCUAAACGACCUUACGGCAGAUGACACCGUAGCUAACUCAACAACGUUCUCUUGGAUAAAUAGUCAACUUCACUUUAUACCAUGGGAUCAACUUUACAUGAACAAUAGAACACAGAGCUUCAAAUGACAGGAGUAUUUUCCAGUUUGCUGGUGAAUAAUGAGAUCGUUGUAGUGUAGUUAGUACUGAUGAGCACAAAUAAAGCCAGACUGUUGGGAGAUAGGUAAAUAAGGGGGAGAAAGGGGCAAUUCUAGUACGUUGAUGGGAACAUCAAGAAUUUCUAUACGUGCAUGCUAAAACCUGGAAAUCUGAGAAAACACAUUUUCUUGCCACUAGUUGAAGUCAAGGUACACACCAUGGGCGUCAAUUGGUGGGGGUUGGGGUCCCCUCACUUUUCUAGGUGGGGGGAUACUAUAUCAGUUGUAUCCCCCGCCACACACACAGAGAGACACAGACUGACACUUUUUUUUCCAAAACUUAAAUGAAAAUGUAUACUUUACAAAAGCAUUUAUUUAGAAACAAAAUGGCUAAAGUAGUAUUGUCUCGGAUCACACCACAGAGCAUAUACUCCAAUAUUUUCCGGGACCCUUGAUCGGGCCCAGGACCUUACGCCGCUCAGGGCUUGGUGCUUCGCGCUUACAUUUUGUUCUGAUCAGGGCUAUGCCACCCCAUCCACCACUUUUCAAAAUGGAUUGACGCCCUUCGUACACACUGAAAUCACAAUGAAAUGCACACUGUAAACUGAAAUAAUUCCAGAAAACUUCCAGGAAACGGAAAUGCCUAUAAAGUGAUGAGGAAUACUGUAUUAUCCUCAGAGGGGCAGCACUAAAGUGAGUAUUUGAAUAAGGCACUCAUGCAAGGCUUAUGACUUUACAGAGUUAAAAAAAAAGAAAAUGUACCUUUAUUCGUCAGUCCAGCUUGUGGACAGUGUAGCACAGUGUAAUAGUAGUAAGGAACUGUAGCGUGUAGUUUAGUCGAAAAACCGUAAUUCCAACUAAGUGUUGUGUCUUCGUGUCGCCAUUGUGGAUAAAUGAGCUCGAAAAGCUUGAUAUUAAAACUAGAAAUUUUAAUAUGUGAUGUACUAUUAUCUUACAAUUUACACAAAAACAAACCAAUUCAAGUAUACUUUAUAUAGUGGGGAAUAAUCUGCCUGCAUACGAAUAAAAUGGUGGGGGGAACAUAAUGUCCUCUGAAAAAAAAACCAGAAGGAUUCUUGAAUAAGAUGAUAUCUUGAUCGUAUCUUGAGGCCCAUUAUUGAGAAAAACUCCAGUCUAAACGCCUGUAGAUAGUAUGGUUACUGCGUUAGUGACGACUUACUGUCAAAGAAAAUGCAAAAACACGGGGUUUCACCACCACGUUGCUUUAUAUGUAUCUUAGAACUAUGUUUUAAAGUCGGUUGUCACUGCUAUUGGUCAUUUGAUAACGAAAGAAAAAGACGAAAACAUACAAAAUCUGCCACAGUUCAGCGAUUAAAACAGAUGUUUUUCUUGACCAUCUCAGAUAUGUGCUCUCAGAUUUAAUGCAUUGCAAGUUGCAUAAACUUAAGAACCACCACCGCUUCAUCGAUAUGUAUGCAAAUUGGUAGCUAAAAGCAUGUGAUUACUGGUGCUCUAACGCCACUUUCAGUGGCUCAUCAACAUUUUGUCCAAGUCCGGCAAUUUUUGGCACUUUUUUUUUUAAUUUUGGGCCUGGCAUAAAAACAAAUGCACAGCGUAUAAUUCCACCCUCACCCAACCAUGGUUAGUUAAAUCUUGAGCGUAUAACGUUUUCCACAGUGAUUUAUAUUCCUUAAGUUUAGUGGUUUUCGAAAAGAAAUAACGAAAUACAUGCACUCUUAUGGAAUCUCUGCUGUGUAGCUAAGAUUGGCUAGGAUUUUGUUGUGCUAACGUUGCGGCUAUUUGACCUUUCGUUUUUGUAUUUUUCUACUUUUUGGAAUUCUUUCUACUUUGUUUCUUUAGAAAUAUAGUCAGGUACGAAAUAUGACCAUUACAGAGAAAGAGGAACAUUGUCGCCUUAGGUGCCAUUUUUGUUAUUCUUACUUUUGGUACUUCGAUUGAAUUGGUGUGGUGAGGUUGAGCGUAGAGUAAGUGCUUUCCUGUUAGAGAGAAGCAAUGGUAAAUGAAGUUUCUUGAAAUGUCUGACACAUA